UAUUACUUAGCUUGAAUAAGAUGAAAGAGAAAGGCAUGCCUAUAUUUGUAUAUAAUAUUGACGAGACAUCUAACAAAUCCUCAGAACGAAUGAAAGGUAAUAAGUAUUCACCAGAUACCCCAUUUAGAUUACUG